AUGGCCGCAGCAGACGUAAAAAGUUCGACCCCGCCGCCCCCACUGUCGAUGGUCGACGAGGACAUGAAAGGAUGGCUGUUCAAGUGGACAAAUUAUAUUAAAGGAUAUCAAAAACGGUGGUUCGUCCUGUCCAACGGUGUAUUAUCCUACUACAGGACUCAAGCUGAAAUAUCACAGUUAUGUCGUGGUACGAUUAGUUUGAAUGGGGCUACAAUACACACAGAGGAUUCGUGCACAAUCGUUAUAUCAAAUGGCGGUACUCAAACUUUUCACCUCCGCGCCACCAGUGAAGUUGAACGGCAAAGAUGGGUAACUGAAUUGGAGUUGGCUAAAGCUCGAGAAGUUGGACAUACUAAUACUGAUAGAGGCAAGGAAAAAGAAUUGAGUGCAAACUUAGAAGUUUCAUCUGUAGUGUCUUCAUUAAAUACAAAAUUAUCUGAAUUGCGAUCACAAAGCGAGAUUAUAUCUAAACAUAGCAAAGCUCUUCAACGGUGCUUAACUGAACUAGAAACUAUAGACAUACCUCCUGAUGUCUCCACAAAAAUAAAAGCAUGGAUGGAGCGUGCAAAUUUGAUACGUAUUGCGUCAGUUGGUAUGGUAACUAAUUGUUCAGAGUAUUUAGAUUUGGCUCAAAGUCAGGGUAAUAAAUGGCAAAAGAUGUUGUACAAUGAACGGCGGCAGCGUAUACAGUUGGUAGAAAUGGUAGAUCAAAUUGCUAGGGAACAGACUGUAUUGGAGCAUGUAGCUAAUAACGACAAACAAGGUGAUUCUACCGAUGAAGAUGAUGCUUCAGACAGUUGUGAAUUUUUUGAUGCUCAAGGUGGUGAUUCUUUUGAUGUUACCACAAAUAAUUAUCUAGUUAACUGUCAGUCUCAAAAUAUUAUCCAACAUAAAUCUCUUUCGAGUUCACAGGUUCUUGGAAAAUUAGUUAAUGAAGAACUAGAUUGCAGUGGUGGAUCUAGUAGUGAUAUUGACGAUCCCGCUGAGUCCUCUGCUAUAUUAACAGCUGCGAUUUGUUCAUCAACUGGCUUAAAUACCGACCGUGAUGAAAAUAAUAAAUCUUCUAGAAUGUUUCCUCAACUUUCUGAACAUGCAAAAAAAAUACUAGAGGAUGUUAUUAAACAUCCUUUAAAACAAAAAGACCAACGAAGGUGUAGAGUCACUGACAAGCCAAAUCACCCAUUACAUAUUUGGAGUAUUUUGAAAAAUUGUAUUGGAAAAGAUUUGUCUAAAAUACCAAUGCCGGUAAACUUUUCUGAACCAUUGUCAAUGUUACAAAGAAUCACUGAGGAUUUUGAAUAUUCAAAUAUUUUAGAUACAGCAGCUCAAUGUAAAGAUUCAUUUGAGCAGAUGGCCUAUGUUGCUGCAUUUACAAUUUCAUCUUAUUCAACAACUGUAAAUCGGACAAGUAAACCUUUUAAUCCAUUGUUGGGUGAAACAUAUGAAUGUGAUAGAAUGUCAGACCUUGGUUGGAAAGCAUUUAAUGAACAAGUUUCACAUCAUCCUCCAAUUUCGGCCCAGUAUUGUUCAGGUAAAGAAUGGUCUUGUUGGCAAGAAUUUUCAAUGUCCUCAAAAUUUCGGGGUAAAUACUUACAAGCAAUUCCCAAUGGUAUUGCUCAUCUUGAAUUUUCAGCAUCUGGAAAUCAUUAUACUUGGACCAAAGUUACAACUACUGUUCAUAAUAUAAUUGUUGGUAAACUGUGGGUUGAUCAAACAGGUGAUAUGACAAUAACAAAUCAUAAAGAUGGUUCUAAAUGCCGCUUAAGUUAUAUACCCUACAGUUAUUUCACUAGGGAUCAGCAGAGAAAAGUAAAAGGAUAUGUUAUGGAUAAAGAUAAUGAAAUUAAAUGGGUUAUAAAUGGUACUUGGGACAAUAAAGUUGAAAUAGCUCCUGUUACCAAAUUUGAAGGCCCUAUUGAAAGUCCUACAUGUCAAACAGGAAGUUAUAUAACAGCCUGGCAAAGACAAGCACCUCCAGCUGACAAUGAAAAAUACUACUAUUUCACUGUGUUAGCAAGCCAGUUGAAUGAACUUGAAGAAGGUGUAGCACCAACAGAUUCAAGAUUACGGCCAGAUCAACGUUUGAUGGAGUUUGGUCUUUGGGAUGAAGCUAAUAUUGAAAAACUGAGGUUAGAAGAAAUUCAGAGAGUCCGAAAUCGCAAAGUAAACACAGGAUUAGCAGAUUCCAAUCAAACCAAUGAAAAUGAAGAAGAAGAUGAUGAUACAAUCCAAGAAAAUGAUAACAGUACUAUCAAACCAGUAUGGUUUAAACGAGAUGUUUGCAAAUGGACAAAAAAGCCUUGUUUUACUUUUACACAUGAAUAUUGGGAGUGCAAACAAAAAGGAGAUUGGAGCAGAUGUCCAUCUUUAUUUUAAAUACAUGUGAUAAUUUGUUUAUUGUAUUAAGCUUAAGCAACAUUGUAUAUGGCCAUAUUAUGUUGAAACCUUAGAUUAAAUGUGAACAGAAGUAUCUCAGAAUUGAAGUAUACUACCAAAAACUCCAAAAUGCACGGUAGGUCUUUUCAUGUUAAUAUUAUCUCUAACUAUUUUAUGACUAGUAACUUUGAGUAUUUUUUCCACAAUUUAAACUCUAAAUCUAUUGCACUGCGUAAAUCUUGUAGACAAAAUUAGCCUGAAGAUAAUAUUUUAGAUAAUUUGUAAAUUUACAAAUUAUAGUUUUAUACUUUGUUUUUACAUAUAUGUUUCAUCUUAUAUAUGCUUUGUUACCUAAAUUAUUUAUAACAUAGUUGUCCUUGUAUUAUUUUUUUAAUAUAUUUAUU